AUGAGAGCACUUCUGGUUCCGAGGUUAGGCCCACUGCCUUCGCGGAAGGACCUGGACAAAGAAUUUGAAGUUGUGGUCCAAGACAUCAGAGAUGAGGUUGCUGCACGUGUGGCUGAAGCACUGAAGUCAGGUAGCAAGUUUUGCAUCUCUGGCGACACUUGGAAAAACAAGGGCCGGAAAAGACGUCACUACUUGGCCUGCUACUUGAACUUUGUGACGGACAACUUUGACCACAUUACCUUGUGCGCCGAUGUUGUUGAGGCGCCGCCUCCCCGCACAGGAGAGCGGUAUGGAGAGCUCUUUGGGCAGAUAGUGUCCAACAUGGGGCUGCAAAGCGCUGACUUGGUUUGUGCACUGAGUGACCAUGAGUCCUCUAUACGCUGCGGGCUGAGAACCUUGCAGUGCCCGCAGGUAGGGUGCGGGGCUCAUGGAAUACAGCUGGCGAUCAAGCACAGCACCCCUCCUUUUCGGCCUCCUCGAAAGAAGCGAGACGCCUCUGCGGCAACCUUGUCAAGCAGCAGCUCCGGUAGUUCUACAUCGAGCUCUUCGUCAUCCUCCUCUUCCAGCGACGAUGAGAAUGCAGUUGCUGGACCACAAGUGGCAGAGCCCAAGAAGCGUGGGCGAAAACCGGACGCUGCUGCAGUGGAGAUAAAGGGGAACAAGAGGAAGAUCGAGGGUCCACCAGAGCUCGAUCGAUCUGAAUUGAAGCUAGCAGUGCAGCUAUGCGCUGUUCUGGAACCAUUGCGAUUAGCGACCCGUUUGAUUGAAGCUGAAGAUCGAGCCUUGUGUUCUCUCUAUCUUCCACUCUUCCACCAAUGCAGCGAAACGCUUGGCAAGAAUAGGGGAGCCCUUCCCCUGCCCAAGGAAUUGAGAAAGGCGUUUGGUGAGAAUGUUCAGAUCUCUUCUCUUCUGGAGGUGCCAAACAAGCUACGGCUUUUCUUAGCUGCUGAUCUCAAAAAAAUACGUGAAAGACACUUGGUUGGAACAACUGGUGACGAUUUGCUUGCAGUAGCCACGUUCCUGGACGGACGUUUCCAGAAGCACCAUGUGUGGCAGUCCAUGCUCUCUUUGGAAGACACAAAGAACAAAGUAGCGCAGAUGGCGCUACAAGCGUCACAAGACUUUCCUGCGCUAGUUGAACGUUUGCGCAAGCAGGCGCAGGAUCCAGUCAAUUGGACCCUGGCUGCGUUGGCGAAAGCUGAGGCGGCACCUAAACCACGCGGCCGUGGAGGCCGUGGAGGCCGUGGCAGAGGCCGUGCAAGAGCGCAAAGUGACCCAGCCCCAAAGUCCCGGUGUGCUUCAGAGGCAGCCCUGCAGGAAACAACUCCGAGUGGGCAGAAUCUAAAGCGGAGGCGCCUUCAGCCACAAACAUCAGCUGAAGAAUGGCUUUUCGGGCAACCAGAGCAGCAAGAGAAGGAAGAGGUAGUCCUCGCUGAUGUGGAUGCGGUCAAGCAGCAGAUCUCAGAGGAGUUGACGUGUUAUCUGCGCCUCGGACAUGCCAGCCAGCUUGGAAGUUCACCCUUGUCCUUUUGGAAGAACCGCCGCAGCGAGCUUCCAUUUUUGAGUGCCCUUGCAAGGAUUAUCUAUUCCAUCCCUGCCAGUACUGCUGCACUAGAACGAUUGUUUUCGGCGGCAGGACGAGCGGUUUGCCACCGCCGUCCUCGCCUGAACGUCCGCAAAGCGGCGAAGUUGAUAUUCGCUCAUGCGAACGUAGCAAGGAACAUUACCGGACGAAUUGGGGCAAAGAAACCCGUGGAAGAGUGA